AUGUUCAGCUCGAACCUCCCUGUACAGUGGCCGGGAUGGUCUACAUGUUUCUACUUUAGCUUCAUCUCCAGCUUCCUAUUCUAUAUAGCAACACGGCAGAAGAAGAAUCAAUUCACGGAUCGCAUCGCAAGCAAUGACCAAGACGCGGUCAAGCCAAACAGCUACCCACCAGUCGAGCCUCUCCCAGAUUUCGAUUGGAAGACAAAGGAGCCGAUCAAGAUACGGCCCUUCAAGCCGAAAUACCAUCUUACUAUGAACAUGAACUAUCUCGAUCGCAUAAACCUCCGAAAGAGAAUCAUGGCAGAACAUCCUGAAACAGUCCUAGCCGCGGAGGAUUGUGUCAAGCCCGCGGUCGACGAAUUUUACACCUGGUUGGUGGGAACAUAUCUACCCACACGGUACCCUCGAAUGUUUCAAUUGCUGUCGUCCGAUGGGGAGAAGUCGGCAUUCUUGCAUAGUCUGGUCACAGAUGAGAUUUUUUCACUUUCUCCUGAAGGGAACCCCUUGGAUACCUUGCGGGUUAUGGGCGGUUUGAUUGAGGAUGACCUCCUUUUUCUAAUGCCCUCCGAUGACGGGGACGGCUUUACACUCAGAGGUUUUGUGACGUGCUUUCCGAAUGGCUUCAACACUUCGAAGAAGUUGGGCCUUAAACUCCGGGAUAUUCAUAAACCUGUGCCCCAGUACAAAGAGAAGCUGGAGAAGAGUAUGGAUCGCUUUUCUCAGAGGCUCGGAGUAGGCAGGUUUAUUAAACGCGCUAAUUGGACUAUUACGACUACGGACCAACUGUUCACGCCGGCUGGGAACCACCUUUACGAGGGCGAAGAGAUUCCUCAAGAAGAGGUUGAUAUAAAUACUGCCCGUGUCCGUGUCGAGAGACAAUUUCUGCACCGCUUACCUCAAAGCCAUGCUCUACUUUUUUCUUUCAAAACUCUUCUGUACAAGCUUCCUGAAAUUAAGAAAGAAGGGCUCGGGGAGGUCCUUGCCGAGGCAAUUGACGGCUUGAAGCAGGGAAAUGCCCCUGGAUUCCAUUUCUAUAAACGGGCUGCGGUUUGGGGAGAAUCUGCAAAAUCGUAUCUUCGAAGCUAA